UCGGCGUGUUUAUCUUGUUCAUGUGCAUGUGUAUGUAUCGGGAUCUUGUGUGAAUCCUACUCAAACUAUAGAUUCUCGCCGAAAUAUAUUGUGUAUAUUUCGUGUAUGUGAAUACGUUUAGAAUUGUCUAGAUAUCACCUGAAGGUACGAACAAAUUUUUUAAACUUCGUUCUUUAACGAAAGCGGAAACACUCUGAGUGUUCAAUCCACUGUGUUGCCAAAAGUACUCCUGCCAAGAAUCUAGCUCAAGAUCGUAUUUCAUGAUUCGCCGGACUGGGCGAUUGAGUUUCUUUAAAUUGAGCUCAAAAUGACCCUGGCUUAGUUUGAUAUUUUCCGAAAACUUCUAUUUAGAAGUACACAUCUAGCUCUUUCAGAAUUCGCUGAGCAUAAUCAUCCAUGUUCCUUAAACAGUAGGAAACAUUGUUUUCAGUCACGACCUUGAAUGUCGCUCUUUCACUGGCUUCUCAGAAUUGAGCAAAAAACCAAGAUAAAAAUGUCUUGUGUUCAAAAACCAAGAUGGCUGAUCUUCUAAGGUGAACAUCUUUCAAUUCUGCGAGAGUACAUGAACUAGUAUGACAAACAGCUCAACCAUAUCUCUAAGACACGAAGUUUAAUCAUUAUACCAUGGAUCUCACGGAGGAUAUGCUUGAUGCAGUCUUGAUCAAGAUCGAUCCAAAUGCUUAUCAUGAUAGAGGAGACUUCUCUAGUGACUAUGAUUCUGAUGAUGAAAUGUACCAUAUUCGCAUCGGCGAACAAAACGAUCCCAGUGACAAGAGUUCGGAAUCCAGCUCAGAUUUGUCAGACAGUUCGGCGUUGGAGGAGUCAGAAAGUUUAGUGUCCUACAAUCAUAGUGAAAUUAAACUCAUGAAACCAGAAGUUCGACUGCCUCGCAUUGACGCCUCGCUGUUCCAGUUGAAGAAAGUCAUCAGUACGAGUGUGAAGAAUGUUGAAAACUCCGGUAAAGAUCAUCCUACCUUAUCAAAAACUGAUGAAACUCGUGAAACCAUUCAGAAGGUCAACGAGAAUGCUGUUUCAGAGAAUCCGAACCCUGCUGAUGAGGCUGAAAAGAAUGAAAAGUUGCCAACUGCAGAUUCGUUAACACCUAAGAUUGCCCCAAAAUUAAAUGAAGCUCCGGUCCCAGAAAACCUUAACUCGGAAGGAAAAGCAAGAAGUGGUAAAAAUUUGCAGAUGGGUACUCCCAAAUUACUCAAAAUUUUAUCCAACAUUGACAAUAAUUCUGCUUUGGAGAACAAAAACUCUGAGACUGAAGUAGGAACUGGUGAGAACCUACGAAUUAGUGCUCCAAAAUCACUCACAACCACUGCGGAUACCAAUGAAAAUUCUCCUGCUGUGGGCGGAAUUUUAGAGGAAAAUAAAGUAAAUGGUGGAAACCUCUGUAUUUCUGCCCAGAAUUCAUCAAAAAUUGCUCCAGAAGCCAUUGAAAGUUCUGUUUCUGAGGACAGAAAUUCGGAAGAAAUAGCAACCAGCGUUACAAAGUCAGGAACCAGCAUGAAAACCAAGAUGAAUGAUAAAUCAACUCCUAGAAUCAGCAAAACCUCUGAAAGGUUGAAAUCAGGAUUACAGGAAUAUUCUAGUGGUGGUGAAGAAGUUACCAAAACUGACAAGAAAUCAAUGACUACACCUUUAAUGAAUAAUCCUGUAAUGUGUAAAGAAACUGCUGUCUCUGAAACUUGUAAAAAUUUGACUGCCCUUAUCAAUAAUCCCAAUGAAAGUGGACUGAAGAUUGUCAGUGUAACAGGAGCUAGUUCCAAUGAGGAAGUAAGCAAUAAUGAAACUCCUCAAGAAACAACGCCAGAGGUGACAAUUAAACAAGAAGAAGAACCUAUUAGCCCAGAUCAAUCGUCUCAGGUCCAACAAAUUGUGAACAGAUUAGAAGAACUGAAAGGAACCAUCAGUACGUCAAGCAGCAGCAUCAAUCAGUCUCAUUUGAUCGAACCCCUGAGUAGCGACAAUUUAAACGUCUGCUGGGAAGAAGCAAGUUCUAAUAUUUUGGCUCCCCCACCACAAAAUGAUCCAAGUCCCAAUGAAAGUGGCCUCAAACCAGCUGAAAUCAAGUCUCUAGCUACUACCAAGGAGUCCCUCUUUUCUUCUGUGACUGUAGGUGUAUCAGAAACCAAAACAAACAAGCAAUCGGUAGGGAAUGCUGCGGUUAUCGAUGAGAGUGAUGCUGAAAGCGAUCAUGAUGGAUUGUGCAUUGACCUCAAUGGCGCUGAAGGCAAAACUCCUCCAAAACAAGGUAAAACAGCAGCCUCAGGAGUUGGUAGUGAUCAAUUACCAAAAUUGACGGUGCGGAAUUUUGAAUCGGAGUUGAAAGAACAAUCGGUAACAACAACUGAAAUCAAGCAGGAGCAAGAAACUAUAGAAAAUAAACUCACUCUGUACAAUGAAUCGGACCUUCCCUCUGUCAUGACAGUACACCUAUUGUGCAUGAAUUGCAUUGAGUAUGCCAAAGAAAGAUGGCCGGAUAGACCUUUGAUCAAGCACAUUCUCGUCAAGAAGAAAGAUUGUGAGGUUUGCAAAACUAAGGAUGUUCCACCUGAAAAUACAGCUACCGAACAGGACGAAACUGUAGAGUCAAUUACCACAAAUCUGUCCAAUGUCGAAAAGAUUAUUGAUAAUGUUGCACGAAAUUAUUCUAAAAAACUACCUUCCAGCCCUCCUUCAAAAAGCUCUUUAGAAGAGUCCUUGAAAGAUGUAACACCAAAAACUAAAGGGGUUUCAUCUCAAGAUAUCAUUUUAGUGAAUUCGUCGAACGUAUCAACGAAUCUUGCUAAGAAAGGGAGUAACAUCAUCAUCAAAGAUGUUGCAAUGAAGAAUGCAAUAAAAAAUGCAUCUCGAAAUUUAAAGCCAUCUGGAAUGACUACGUUAGACGGAAAACUGUACAAGGUUAUAUUCUUGCCGAAAUCUUCAUCCCCCAAAACAAUAGUCACAUCAACAACAUUGAAAAUAGCCGACGGACCCAAAACCACUACCAAAGUGGUUACGUCAAACAAGUCCGCCAGCUUGAUUUCUUCCUCAACGGUCACUAAGUUGACCCCAGCAAGUAACUCCAGUCCAAUUAUUGUACCUGCAGCAGGGGAUAAUAUUAUAUCAAACCCGAAUGUCAAAAAAACGAAUGAAAAUCUGCUUAAAUUCACCUCGGAUGUGCCCACCGUCCCCAACCGCACUGUGUUUUCACCCCCCAAGUCAUCAACAUUCACCACCUCAUUGUUACCUAAUUCUCUUCCAAAGAAAAAGUUGCCUUCUCAAUUGUCAUUCAACUCUGAAACAAUUAAAAUCCAAGCUCCACCAGGUACUCCUGCUUUUAGGAAUAUUGCCAGCAAAAGGGUCAGCCUAGAUUUGGGGAGUGUUAACGUAGAGAAUUCCAAAAAAGACUCUGCUCAAGUAUCGGAUAACAUCAAGAUCAAACGACUCAGUACUGACUCGCACAUUACCCUAUCACCGGGUGCAAAAUAUACAUCAAAGCUUAUGCCACUCAACGAUUACUUGGCCCUCAAUCGUACUGCAGGCAAGACAGGUUCUACUCCCAUGAAGGUCAUUCAUCAUUCGGAGAAUGCUCAACAUGGGUCAAAGGUUUCAGCUCCACUAAAAAGACCUAUAACCAUAAUUAAUGGAAAGCCUGAUAAUAUUAUGGAUGUCGAUGAUGGUGCCAUAACGAUGAGCACUAACAGUGUGAAGCGGCCCAGAAUGAGCGUUGAAAAAGGUUCACCUUAUUUGAGUAACUGUUUGGAUGACGGUGCAAAAAUAUCUAUCCUGAAUUCUGUUCUCUUACCACCGUUUUGCCCAACGACUCCUGAUAGUAUUUAUGAUGCAAAAAAUCCUGUCGCCAAGUACACUUGUCCCCAAUGUCCUGACACAUUCACGUCAGAAACCCACCUCAGGAGCCAUCUCAAUAGACGAAGCGUUUUGAUGAAAUAUGCAUGUCCAGGCUGCUUUGAUAAACUUAUUGCAGUCUACAAUCGUUGCCAGCUCAAGGAACAUUGCCAGAAACACAACUUGAAAGUCAACCUACAGCACCUCACCAUUGAGCCACUUCCUCUUGCGUUAUUUGACCUGAAUCUCUUUGAUUCAUCACCUUCUGUAAGUAAUAAUGUAGCUAAAAUGGAUGCCCUUUUACAACCUAAAAAACGGAAAAGGAAAUCACGAGCAAAGAAAAAACCGGAAAAUACGGACACAGCAGAAUCGAAUCCUUCAUGUUCGAAAGAAGCGCCUGCUGAGGCUACUUCCUCAUCGGCCCCCACUCUCAAUAAGAAUUCUCAAAAAUCAGCACGACCCACGGACACUUUAACAUUUUGCUACGAAUGUGAAUCAAUGUUUCCGUCCUUGUCGGCUCAUCUGCAGGGAUCUGGAAAGCCAAACGCUGAAUUUGCCUGUGAAUGUAAGAAAGUUUGUUCUUCAGCCUGCAGCUUGAAAGCACACAAGCGUCUGCAUCACAAUUCAGCCCCACAUAUUUGUCCCGAGUGUGGUGCCAAGUUUUUGUUCGCAUCCGCAUUAGAGGAACACUUCAAGAAGUCCUGCUAUCAUCCUUUCAAAAAGAACUCCUUUGAGUGCCUCAAGUGCCAACAGAACUUUUCUGUCUUGUCAAAACUGGAGUCUCACGUUUUAAAGAAUCAUACAGAGCAAGUGAACAUCUGUGGAGUCUGCGAGGAAUCCGACGUCAGUCUAUCAGUAAUUUCGAAACAUAUGAGUAUCGAUCAUGGUGAGACGGUAAACCAAAACUCGAAUCGUAUUUUACGCUUCAUGAGGUGCGACUUUUGCCCGGACGCAAGAUUCCCACGUCACCAAUGUCACCAGCACAUUCAGAUGCACACAACGCAGCAGUCUUCAUUCACCCCCAACUAUUAUUACCAGUGUGAUUAUUGCACAAACUAUAAAACCGUUGCUAAAAUUGACUUUGGUCAACAUUUGGAUUAUUGUCUUUUCUCAACGAGCCUCAGGAUGAUGGAAAAUAAUACUGAACUCAGUGAUUCGGAAGAUACCACCUCGUCCAGUUCAAAAAGUGUUGAAAAUCUGAGGCCGAGUAACGAUGAAAUCACGAAGACUGCAAAUGGCUCUGAUGACAUAAAUGAGAUAUCAUCUCAAUCAAACAGUUCUGAAACUAUGAUGUCUGUUGACAAAGUUGACAAAAGUGGAACACCUACCAGCGAAUAUACUGACGUUUCUCUUUCGAAGAGCUCGGAAGCUAAGUCUGUUCGUAGUGAUAAAGCAAGUGUGAAAAACAAGCCUACCUUGCGCGAACCAAAAAUUCCAGAAACAAUUUCUCCAAAAGAAGAAACCGGCCCAACUCCUAAUUCUGACAGUGUAGUGCCCGGAAUGAGCAAAGCGCAAGUUUUGAACUCUCGAAAAGAACCUACAAGUUUGGAUAACUCUGCUGAAAUUAACCUGAGUUUGGAGAAAACACUUAAAAAAUGCAUCAAACGAAGCGAAGCAGCCACUGAUAACAGUUCAAACAAAAAGCGUGCUCGCUCUAACAACACAUCACCCAAGUUGACAGUCAUGCAGUGUAAGUACUGCGUUGCAAAAUUCCGAGACCCUCAGAAGGUUUUUGAGCACUUGAUGAGCAAGCACCGUAAAGAGAUUUCCGAAAAAAAUGCAAAACGACUAAAACUCUCUUCGCAAUUAAAAUCCAAAUCCGAACACUCUGAUGAGUCCUCACAGUCGCUGGAGUGUUCAAAGUGCAGUUUCGUUGGCGCAUCUUACGCAGACCUGUGUAAGCACAUGGAGACACAUAAAACAGUUUAUGAAUGCAAGGAAUGUGGGGAAGGCUUCGUAGCGCGGCCAACUUUAGAGAAGCAUCUCAUUAUCAAACACAAGUUUGAUGCUGUAAAGGCGAAAAAGGAGGUCGAUUCCAACAUUCAGAGUGUAGAAGUGGUGAAGGAAAAUGGAGCCUAUCAUGCGAAACAAGGCUUUUAUCAGUGCGCAACAUGCUAUAAAAACUUCACCACGGAACAGGCGUUCAAUCAACAUUUCAGGACGCAUGGACUAGCAUUUGUCACUGAUUCAGCAAGCCCUACAUCUCUAGUGAAAUAAUCCCCCCAAAUAAUAAAAUAGAUGGAAAGAUUCCCACCUCUGUGCCCAUAAAAGUGCUGUGCUAAGGAAGAACACAGUACAACCCUUCAGACAUUGCCUUUUCUUUGAAAAAUUACAUAUUUCCAGAAAAUUCGUCAUUAGUUUUCUUCCAAUUUUAUCAGAGGAUUUUGUUCGUAGUUUUAUCUGAAGUGUUUGACAAUUUGCAAGAAAACUAUUUGUAACUUUCCUCAAAAAUCAAUCUUUCCUGAGAAAAAAUUUGGCAACUCUCGAAUGUUCUUAAGGCGUUCUUCUCUGUAGCGGUAGAGUAGUUCUUAUAAGUCAUGGAAAAUAAGACUGAUGCCUGUAAUGCAUGCAGAGCACUUGUACAAAGUUCAUUUUGUCCUGUAAAAAGGGAUUUCCUAUGUUGAAUACUUUUCAUGAUAAUUUCUCUCCACCUAUUUCAUCACACACUUUUAUUUAAGUACUUGGUUUUUAAUUGAUGUUUGAAAUUGUGCUAGCACAUUGUAAGUAUUAGGCCCUAGAAGGUCAAGAAGUAAAAGAAAUCUGAAAUUAAGACUGCGGGAUCUAGUUGUUGAGUUCUGACUUUGCUUGUUUUCAUAUUUUGUCCUUCAAGCUCUCUUACAAAAAGCCUCUAUUAAAACAAUUUUCUUUUUCUUUUCAUAAAAACAUCCACCCCCUAGCGUUAAUAGCUAUGCAUCUUGUCCACAUGAUUCAUGUGAAACCAUUAGUUUCCUCUCAAAUUUAUUUUUUUAAAAUGACGAGAAGAUAUCCACAAAUCCCCCAAGUUGGGCUGUAAUACCAGUUUUUCGAUGUGAUAUUUUUGCAAAGUAGCCGGUUCUGUUCUUUUUUUGUGUUUUUUGAAAAUAAUGCAUGAAUUUUAUUGUAAAUUUUCUGUACACAACUGUGAUCCGAGACUGUCUCAGCCACCUCUCAGGCUCGUGAAAUGAAUUUGAAAGUUCUGACUCUGAGAAAUUAUCAAAAUACUUAUCCAAGCAGAGAUUGCAUGGAGAUCUCAUGAACAUUGAUCAGAAAUAUUUUACUGUAAGAGGUUUAAAUUUUUCACACCUUAAUCUUGUCAAUAUAAGUAAGCAUUUUCCAUGACCUGACAUUUGUGUUAAACUUGAAUAGGUAAAAAACCAAUCUCACUUCAGAUCAAGUGACUUUUAAUGGGAGCUUAUCAAGCCGAUGGAAAAUUACUUGUAUACAAGUAUUGGUUUUUUUAAAACUUAUUUGAUCGUCCAUGGAAACAUAUUCAUCAGAGCUAUUUUGGUUGAGUGGAGUAAAGAGAUCAAAUUUUGUGUCCUGAAUAGUAAGUUGAGAACGGUUUUGUACAUUUUGUACCAACAGUUACAUUUUUUCCAGUAGUCUCGCAGUCCGAACAUGGCAAAGUAGAAUUUUAAAUGACAUUUUCUCAAAACAACGUUUGUUGAACUGAGAACUUCAAACUGCAACAUUUUUAGUUUAAUUUGAAAUUUUUGAAAGCUUCUGGCGUAGUCUUUUUUAUUAUUAUUGUUGAUAUUGGAGGAAGUUUUGUUUAAGGCACACCUAAGAAAUAUAUUUAAAGUAAGCGCAUGUUUUUGCGAUUAGUAUUUCAUAUCCUAAAAAUGUUGUAUUUUUAAGAGUUGCUCUUAAAUGUAUAUUUUUCUAAUAAGAGAAUCCGUUACUUAAACUUCUUAAAUUUUCAUUUUCCAAGUGAUCAUUGAGCCAAAAGGAUUAGAUUAAAGAAAUUUUGAAAGAAGGACUAAGCACACUUUCAAUUUUGAGUGCCGGCAUAUUAUGAAGUUAUUGGCUGUUUCAUCUCGGUUUUGCUUCAGUGGGAGGUUGUUGCUGCACUCAUAGGACGCUUGUUUCGUUGAUUGGUUCCUUAUCACCUGGUUUUAAAUGUUCCCUUAUGCAGCAGUACAGUGAAUCAAUUUGAGGUUUUUUGGUACCGAGGUCUCAUGGAGUUCUCAUGGAUUAGGUCCCAUGCCUUUCCCAUUGAUGGUCUUACAUUGAUGGUGGAAGUUGCGAAAGGCUUAUCUCGAUUUGCAACAUUACAGUUUUCUUUCAACUUUUUACUUUCUUUAAAAAAAAACUAAAAAAGCAACAAGCGUCUACUGUUAGUAAAGACUGAAAAAUAUCAGGAAAUUAGUUUUUAUCAGCAAAUUAUCUUUCAUGGAUCAGGAAAUUGCAAGUGUGUUGAGCAUUUUUCCACAUGCAGUUUAGUAAAGGCACAAGUGAAACUUAUGAUUCAAAUCAUUAAAUACGUUGGUUUGUUAAAGCUAACGAGUGUCGAUUCAUUCACAAAAUAAUCAGGAAAUUUCAUUUACAAUAAAAAAAAGUCAGAAAAAUCCGAAAUGAAAUUUUAGUAGAUAGGCACCCUGAAUAUUCCUCGGAAUUUUCACUGCAUUUCCUUCAUUCUGAUAGGAAUAUUCUGCAUAACAUUCCAAAAAAUUGUGUUGAUUGGUUUUUCUUCAAAAAAUAAAACAACAGCAGAGAUUUAAAAACAUUGCAAUUAGGAUACGUGUUUUGCAGAUUUCACCAUCGGUUGUAUCAUGGAAUACAAGAGAAAAAUAUGUACCCAGGCCAAGGUACAAAAGUUGUUUUAAGUACUUUCAACAAUAUUGUUUCAUUUUUGUAAGUUAUUUCCCUGAAUCUCCGGAAAACUGCUGAUGCUAGCGUGAAGUUAAAAAGCUGCAACAACCAUUUGAUUUGUAGUGUUAGUUUUAACCCUAUAAUGUUCGUUCCUAAUGAGUUGGUUACCGGCAGUUUUUUUCCGAGAUCAGGAAUAUUAUUUUUAUGUUCAUGUAUACCUUGUUUUACCCUUCAUAAAUUAUUCUAAGUUUUAAUUGUUGUAAAAAGAUCACUGUUAAUGUGAGCUUGCUCAGUUGUCUUGCAAUCUGUUGAAAGACUUGUACAGAAUUACUUUUUGUUAUAUUUUCCCAAUUAUGUUAAUAAACUUUCAUGAAGUCAUAUGAAA